UAAAAUGAACAUACAGAGCUUUAUUUUGAGUUCGGUAGUGAAGGUUUUUGCAGCAGUCAGCUGCUGAAUUCUUCUCUGUGUUCGUCGCCUGGAAAUUAAUGGAGACCUCUAUUUUCAGGGCGUUUAAUCCUUUCGCGAAGUUGAUUCCCAUGAGAUGUUCUUCGUUUCCUUCCGUUGCCGGAUUUCAUACAGGUAAAGAAGGGAAAUUGAAGCGAAUGUACGAUGGAUUGUUGUUAGACGCUGGGGGAACCCUCCUGCAAUUGGUGAAGCCGGUGGAAGAGACCUACUUAGCUAUUGGCAAGAAAUAUGGUCUUCAAUGUAGUGCAGCAGAAAUAAAACAAGGUUUCAAAAGAGCCUUCUCAGCUCCAUGGCCUCAAAAGCUCCGAUACCAGGGUGAUGGACGCCCAUUUUGGAAACUUGUUGUUUCUGAAGCCACCGGUUGUGACGACCCGACUUAUUUUGAAGAAGUGUAUGAGUACUAUGCCAAUGGUGAUGCGUGGCAUCUUCCAGAAGGCGCUUAUGAAUCAAUGCUGUGUCUUAAAGAUGCUGGAGUCAAACUAGCCGUGGUAUCCAACUUUGACUCCCGCUUGAGGAAGCUACUGAAGGACCUAAACGUAUUAGAUCUGUUCGAUGCUGCCAUCAUAUCAUCAGAGAUUGGGUAUGAAAAACCUGAUGAGAAGAUUUUUAAAGCCGCGUUAGAUAAGAUCUCCAUAGACGCCGGCAGAGCUGUUCAUGUCGGAGAUGAUGCGAAGACUGACAAGGCGGGGGCUAAUGCUGUUGGAAUUGAAUGCUGGUUGUGGGGUCACGACGUCAAGAAAUUCUCCGACAUACAACAUCUCAUCCUUCGCCCAGAAACUUAGGGAAAAUGCAGAAUCCAAAUAGUAAGACUUAGAGAAACUUUGCAGUUUCGUAAUUUUGUUGUCCCAAACUGUAUGGUCCGUCGAGCUAUUUGAUCAUCUGUGUGGUGUUCUUGUUUUCGGGCUAGAAUGGUUAACUAUAGAUCAUUAUCUUCCA